AUCUGUCUCUCUUCCGCUCCAAAUCCCCCAAACCCUUCGUCUCCGCCGCCGCCGGAAUCGGGCCUCGCCAUCGGAGUGGCGGCGAGGAGUUGAAGGCCACCGACCGCCGGCUUCGACCACGCCGCCUCGUCCUCGUCGGAUCCGCGACCAGAACGCCGCCACCUCGUCGUCGGUUCCUUCGCGCAGAUCGCCGCCGCGUCUCAUACUCUUCGGUUAGCAUUCGACAGCCAUGGCAAAGCAUCAUCCUGAUCUCAUCAUGUGCAGGAAGCAGCCUGGCAUUGCUAUUGGUCGUUUGUGCGAGAAAUGUGAUGGCAAGUGUGUCAUCUGUGACUCGUAUGUGCGCCCAUGUACGCUUGUCCGAGUCUGUGAUGAGUGCAACUAUGGUUCCUUCCAGGGGAGGUGUGUCAUCUGUGGGGGGGUCGGCAUCUCAGAUGCCUACUACUGCAAGGAGUGCACUCAGCAGGAAAAGGACCGAGAUGGAUGUCCCAAGAUUGUCAAUCUUGGAAGCGCCAAGACCGAUCUCUUCUAUGAACGAAAGAAGUAUGGUUUUAAGAAGAGAUGAUCAGGAAGUUGGAUUUGUCUGGUCCAUUUCCUCGCUGUGUUUUCAGUCGCACUGAUAUGGUUGUUAAGGACUUAAGGCGGACAUCUUUGUAUUCUAUGGAAUAUGGUCUAGAUUCUUAAGGCUGCAUGUGCAGUACGUACCUGAUGUUAAUGACCAUGAUUGUUGACAUGAGAUGUGAACCGAGAUACUUUUAAGUCUUAUAAUUAUGUAAGCCACUGAUUGUAGGGAAUAAGUGAAUGCUUUAGCUGUUCGAACGA